GUCCGAUGCGUUCCGUAGUAACAUCCGGGUAUUUAUCAACUUUGUCAAACUUGGAAAUAAUUGAGACAGUUAAUUAGCAAAUAAAUACAAGUUUUCGAAUAAAUGGACGGAGAAAUCCAUGGUUUGUCGGAUAGACCGACAGACCAGACUGGAACUACGAAAGUUUUAAGAAUCAAAGUUAUAUCAGGAACGAACCUUGCAAAGAAGGAUAUUUUUGGAGCCAGUGAUCCAUAUGUGAGAAUCACUUUAUUUCGGGGAGACAGAGAAGCUGGCUGUAUUGAUAAUGUGCACACCAACACCAUUAAAAAGAGUUUGAACCCAAAAUGGGAAGAGGAAUUUUUGUUUCGUGUAAAUCCCAGAGACAAUGUCCUAUUGUUUGAAGUAUUUGACUCUAACAGAGUGACAAGAGAUGAUUUUCUGGGUCUUGUAGAAAUUCCUUUGAACCAUACAACCAUCAGUACGGAACAAACAGGCAGGGAAAUUGUAGCUAAAGAUUAUAUUCUCAGGCCUAGGAGUAUACGUUCCCGCGUGCGAGGCCAACUGUGGAUCUACCUGGCGUACGUGCCGGGGGAAAAUGAAGAUCCAUCAGAAGAAAAUCCAUCUGCUCCCCAGGAGCCUGGCUGGGAGAUGUUAGAUGGAUUCAGCACACUGUCUAUGUCUGAGGGUGCUUCUGGCAGCGAGGCGAGUGGAGGGUCAGCAUCGGGCCCAGUGCAGCCUGAACCAAGCACCCUGGAAUUGCCGCGGGAGCCCCUGCCCCCAGGAUGGGAGGAGAAGAGGGAUGCGGCCGGGCGCAGAUUUUAUGUUAACCAUUCUAAAAGAGUAACACAAUGGGAGAGACCAACAGCCAGUUUAAGUUCUAGCACUUCAAGCACAAUUGUAACUGGACAUCGAGAACGCACCAGUAGCAGCGGUAACCGUGGGUCGGGGUCAUCCAUGAUACAGGCUAUGGGUCAGGCUGUGAGUCUGGCAGAGUCGAGUGCACCACUGCUGCAAGGGUGGGAGGAACGUGUAGAUGCCAAUGGACGCACAUACUAUGUAAACCACCACACUCGACAUACACAAUGGGAACGACCCACAGAAGGUGGUGAAGAGGCUGAGCAGGAACAGGAGGCCACAGACAUGCGUCAAAUCUCCCAAAUGUACCGUCAACGACGACACAUCAGUGUCGAGGACACUGUCAGCCUCGGGCCUGACGGUCACGCUUCCCCCGCCGGUGCUCGCAGGAUUGAGUUUGCACAACAGGAAAGAGCGCAUUCUGUCGAGACACAGGCGCGAGGUUCACCACAGACGAUUGACGAGGAUCCGUUGCCUGCAGGUUGGGCGAUGGGAACCGCUCCUAACGGCCGGGUGUUUUACAUCAACCACAAUAACUCUACCACUACAUGGGUGGACCCGAGGAAGGCCCGUUCCAACAGUGUUCGACACAGUCAAGAUGAUAACAGCCUUACUGUUGGAGGUUCAAUUAUACGACCAUCAUCAAAUGAAGACCUUUUGAAAAACCUCGGACCAUUGCCGGAUGGUUGGGAGGAACGAACACACGCAGAUGGACGGGUGUUUUACAUUAACCACAACACAAGAAAGACACAAUGGGACGACCCCAGAUUACAGAAAUUUGGAGGCCCAGCUGUGCCAUAUUCUAGAGACUUUAAGAGAAAAUAUGAUUACUUCAGAUCCAAGUUAAGGAAACCGCAAAACCUCCCGAAUAAGACAGAUAUAAAGGUGACUCGUAAAAAUGUGUUUGAGGAUUCGUAUAGAGCUGUGAUGGGUAUAAAGAGACCCGACCUAUUCAAGACAAGGUUGUGGAUAGAGUUUGAUGGGGAGGCAGGGCUAGAUUACGGAGGGGUGUCCCGGGAGUGGUUCUUUCUCCUCUCCAAGGAAAUGUUCAACCCUUACUAUGGACUGUUUGAGUAUUCUGCCACGGAUAACUACACAUUACAGAUCAACCCUCUGUCCGGGAUCUUCAAUGAAGAUCAUCUUUCCUACUUCCAGUUCUGUGGACGUAUAGCUGGCAUGGCAGUCUUUCAUGGAAAAUUGCUGGAUGCUUUCUUCAUCCGACCAUUCUACAAGAUGAUGUUGGGUAAACACAUCACCUUAGAAGACAUGGAGUCUGUUGACUCUGAGUAUUACAACUCGAUGUGCUAUAUACGUGAUAAUGAUCCGGAAUCUUUAGAUCUGUACUUUUGUAUUGAGGAAGAUUACUUUGGAAGUAUAACGGAGAGAGAGCUGAAACCAGGGGGCAAGAACGUUCUAGUCACGAAUAAAAACAAACAAGAGUACUUAAACCUUAUAGUGAAAUGGAGAUUUGUGUCACGCAUCGAGGCCCAGAUGAAGUCGUUUAUGAAGGGUUUUAAUGAACUUAUAGCCACAAGCAUGCUAUCAAUCUUCGAUGAAAAUGAAAUGGAGUUGCUGAUGUGUGGUCUACAGGACAUAGAUGUGAAUGACUGGAAGACUCACGCAGCAUACAAGGGCGAGUACAACCCCAACCACCCAGUCAUCAUAUGUUUCUGGAAGGCAAUAUAUUCUAUGAACAAUGAGACGCGAGCGAGAUUGCUGCAGUUUGUGACGGGAACUUCGCGAGUGCCGAUGAAUGGGUUCCGGGAGUUACACGGGUCUAACGGGCCACAGCUCUUCACUAUUGAGAAGUGGGGACAGACAGACAAAUUACCCCGGGCUCAUACAUGCUUCAAUCGACUUGACUUGCCACCAUAUGAAUCAUACAAAGACCUGAGGAAGAAGUUGCUCAUUGCGAUAGAGAAUGCUCAAGGCUUUGAAGGAGUCGACUGAACGGCUAGAGUCUCCAUGAUUCACCAGAUGUUCAUAGAAAAGCAAUUCUACAUGUACAUGUAGAUCUAAAAUCCCAUUCCAUAGUUCUUUUGGGCAUUUUCAAACCAGUCAUUCAUCUAUCUCGGAUAUGGACUAUCAUAGAAUGGACCUACUAAUCAAGAAUCGAUGCUUACUUGUUAUUUAUUCAUUUUGUUGAAUGUAUAAACUUUUUUGUUACAAAGCUAGACAGUCCUUCUGUUGCUUUGUUCUGAGUUAGUGACAUUCCAGAUUCUUAACUAUUUAUGCAUUCACUUUUCACUAGUUACUCUAAUGUAUUACUAGAGAACACUUUUCAGUGAGGAUGACUGGUGAAAAGAAUUGACUUAACCAUUUAUAUGUCCCCUGUGCAGCAUGACAGAUCGUAUUGUCUGUUUGUGAUCCAGUCUUUACUAAAAUCAGCUAAAAUGUUUAUUGGAAUAACAUCUGGAACAGAUUUUAUCAACAGUCCGAUAACAAUUUUCAUUCACAGCACAAUAGUGACAUAUAUUGCAUUAGUUACAUAAAUACUACUCAUAUUAAAGAAAUAUUUAAUCAUGUUCGAGUGAGCAUUGCGAGCAGGCCACAUUCAAUUCGCAUAAUUCUAGUUUUACAGCAGAAUUUGUCUCCUUCAAGGUUGUUAUAUUAAAUGCAUGCUAGCUGUAGUUGGACUAAGCACUAUGGGAAGAGUGGUUUUUAAAUGUGGUUUGUUUAAGUAUAGUGAUCAAAUGAUAAUUUGUAUUUAUAUUCAGAAAAAGGUUGGUGAGGAUUUGCUGGCUGUGUUCAUUUCUCUUUUUUGAUGGAGUAUGUUGUGUAUGUUUUUUUAUAUACAGUGUAUCUAGGGCCUGGCGCAAUACAUAUGUAACUCAUACUUAUUUUAUGUGGAGAUAAAUCUGUUUUGCUCUAAUGAAUGAAUCAAUUCAUAUUACAAGCAGCAUGAUUGUUCUGCUAAAAUAUGUAUAUAUAUCAACAUUUACAGAAUAAUAUUUCUGUUUUGAGCAUCAACAAACAAUUUAUCAUAAAUUUAGCGUAAUGCAAUGUCUUAUAGUUAUUACAUUGUGAAUGUGUAUCCAAGAUAUUGCUAGACUGAACAGCAACAAGAAGAGACAGUUGUAAUGCUUAACUUUAGAUUAGUUUUAGAUAUAAAUGUCUGAAAUGUUCUCAUUGUUCCUACAUACAAAGACAUGUAUUUUAACUUGAGAGUAUCUAUGACCUAAAGAUGUCUCAUCAUGGAUGCCAGCAGUCCAUUGGCAUUCACACAAAUCAAAUGCUCCCUUCCCCCAACUAGAUGAUUCUGGUUGUUAAGGGAGCCGUUAAAGCUGCACUCGCACAGAUUAAACGUUUUGACAACUUUUUUAUUUUUUGUCUUGGAACGAGCCGAUUUUUGCGACAAUCCAUGGAAACCAGUUUAAUAAGACUGCUGACAAAAAAUAGAUCACAGAUAUUUAUUUUAAAGUUCAAAAAUUGAUGUUUUAUGCAUUUUUCUUAAACUGUUAGUAGCGGUUUAAGCUAUAAAACAUUAAUUUUCGAAUGGAAAUAUGAAAAUCUACAAUCUGAUUUUUUUUCAACAAGAAAAAAAAAAAAAAAGUUGUUAAAAUGGUAAAUCUGUGAGAGUGCAGCUUUAAAAGAGGUUCUAAAAGGCCAGUUAUACAUCAGGGCAGGGUGCAUACUAUGGAGGCCUAAAUGGCCCCCAAACCCCUCACCGAAAUGGCUUCAGCCCUUCAUCUGCCAGUUCAAUUACAUCCCAUAAUUCAUCUUAACUGUAUAACCUUUUUCUGCUUGUUGCUGUUCCAAGUACAUGUGGAACUCCUCUGCCAAUUUUAUUGAAAAUAACCUUGGAUGUAUGCUGGUACAUUAGUAGAAGUAGUUCGUAAAAUUUUGAAUUAUAUCAAUUAUUAAAUGUAGUGUUAUAGCUUGUAUUUUUUUUAUCUAAGUUUAAAUUGAUUGCCAGUGAAGUGUAUUAUUGCAAACAUAAUUAAGAUUCUCAAGAGUUAAGUCAUUAAGUUUAACUGCUAAAUUAUAUUACUACGCGAUCUACUUGCAGCGGACUUGGAGUGUACCGAUUUCUGACAUAAACUGUUCAUAUACAUCUGACGUUGUUUUCAAUAAAAAUGGCCGAGGAACUCCGAACGUUCCAAUCAUAGUUUGCUUAUGUAUUGCAAAAUCCAUCAUUCCUAAUUUUUAUGUUGACAUUUGUGUUUCUUUUCCAUUUUUCUUAUGUAUUGGGCAUAACGUCGGCCUAGUACAAAAAGCUAGCAUUAUACAAGGUUGCUAUCUGUGAUAGCCAGUAGUGACUGCAGUCGGUGUAUAUUGACCAUGUUAUGUCACUUUGGUCAUUUUCAGUCUCCUCAUUUAUUGCCAUUUGUUGUUAACACUCUGUUCAAUGUUUAUUUCGAGUAUUUUUAAGCCAGAAAAAGGUUUAUGCCUUGCACCAGUACAAAGUGCCAAAUACAUAGAUAGAUAUUUUUAAUUUACAGUAAUACUUAUUACAGCUUUGUUACUAAGCUUCAUUUUUCUAUAGUUGAAACUAAGGAUUACUGCUUACAAUAAAUGUAAUAUGUGGAAAUCUUUCUUGUAAUUCUAGCUCCUGUUCAAAUAUGGGAAAAAUCCUUCAUGUAAUUCUAGCUCAUGUUCAAAUAUGGGUUAAAUCCUUCUUGUAAAUCAAGCUCAUUUUCAUUGUAUUCAUUGAUACAUGUAGGGUUAUGUGACCAUGAGUUUUUUAGUGGCAUUGAUGCAUAGAGGGCAGCAUCAGCUAGAGAUGAUGAAACAUAUUUGUUUGGAUAUAGUUAUAUGUAUAAUAAUAGGAAAGUCUCUAAGAUUGUUUUACGCCUUGCCAAAUAUCCUGAAGUGUUUAAAUAAUUAACCAAAUUAAUUGGCACAUUUAUAACAGGGGUGCACGUACAUUCUUGUGAAAUUAUCUUUAAAAAUAUUAAGUUCAUCUUGCGCAAAGAUAACUUUCCUAUUAUACAUAUAAUUAAACAAUAAAAAAUCUGUUAUUGCCAACUAUGGGUGUUGUUGUGUAUAUGGAGUUGACUAAACCCUAUGUCACCUUGAUGUAAACUUAUAUGCAUUUAGUGCUAGUGACAUACAUGUACUCUUCUUCGCAGUUUUAUAUGCACAUUUAAACAUGCCAGAUUAUGACAUAUGAUCUUUUAUAUUUGUGUCACAUUAAACAAGUCAUUAUUAAUUGUUGAAUUUUUUUAAGCUAUCUUUUAUAUUUAAGUAUCAUAAAUCAAGUAUUUACCGUGAAUCAUGUACACACUUUUUGGUAUUAAUUUUUGCUGAAUACGUUUUCCUAUAAAAGCAAAACAGAAGUGUUGACUUGAUUUAUGUAUAGACCAAUCAGAAGUCAAAGAUUUUGUCCAUGAAACACACGUUAGGUUGAAAAGUACUAUUUAUGUAUUAAGCUCUUCUACACAAAAGAGCUUUGCUAUCUUGGCUGUACAUAUGUGUUUAUAUUUUAAUGAAUUAAUUUGUUAGAAGAAGUGUCUUAAUUAGUAUUUACAUAAUUCGUUUUCUCUAAUUCUUGUCACAAUGUUUUUAUAAUUACCACUGUGUUGUAACUGUAAUUUACAAACUGACUGCUGUAUAUUGAAAUGAUAAUUGUGCAGACUGACCAUAUUACCAAAUCCAGUUUGCAAUGUCAAUGUUUGAGGAUUUUCUUUGUUCGUAUAAACCAUCCAACUUGCAUGUAAAACAUUUUUUUUAAAUGUCAAUUUUUGCUCUGAAAAAUAUCAUGAACAAUUUCUUCUACCAAUAAGACUCGCCCAGUAUUUAUUUUUUUAUAUUCCUAAGUUGUGACAAAAAGUGUUGAUAGGCUGUUUUUACACCCUGCCCUUACUUCAUGAAUGUUAAAUGUUCCCCUUGCUUUAAAUGCUUUUCAGAGCAUAUGCGACUUGUUUUGCCAUCCUUUUGAUGUAUAUUAAAUCUUACUUUUUACCAAAUCUUACUGCAGCAGUUAUUCUCACAGGUCCUUUUCUCUCUUAUUUUGUUGCAUAUUUCGAUACAUUUACUGUAUGUUCUUCUUAAAAUCUUAUUGUACUGUAUAACUAUCAAAGGCCGAUUGUUGGAAACUUUGUAAAAAUUAACAAUGUGAUAAAGACAUUGUUGUUAACAAUUUAAGUUGAAGUAUGUAAUUAUAUUCUUAUAUAAUUAAAUAGAUCAUGCUGAAAUGGUUUUUUUUAAAACUUGUUCAAAUUCCUGCAGUUAAGAUUUGAAGGUUCACAAUGAUGACUUUAACACAAUUGUUAACAAUAAGAAAGUUUUUAACAAUCAGCCUAAUAUUAAAUACUUUGUCAUUUAUAAAUUAUAUUGAUAUUUAUAAAAUUGUACAAUAGUGCUUUUGUUACCUCGUUAUUUUAUACUGAUGAUUUGUGUAGAAUUAUUGGUACUCUCAAAUAAAUGUCUAAAACAUU